GUUUCAGAAUACGUUACUCUUGUCUCACUAACUUAUUAGUGACUCGUGAAAGCUGGUGCGCUCUCAAGGACCAAAAGAUACCUGUAGCUGUAGCCUAUAUUGAUUUCAGCAAUGCUUUUGACAAGGUUCCGCACAACCGGCUGUUAUAUAAGUUAGGAAAUGUCGGGAUUGCUCUCAUUAUUGAAUGUAACUGCAUUCUAUGUGGUUAAUGUUAAACACUUAUGUUUUCUCUUAAAUCAAUAAGAUUGGCUUAUGCUUUCACUAGCUGUCGUCAUUCAUAUCAUAGUAUGCUUCCAACUAGUUCGAAGAAACGACGUACGUGGGUCACUUAUUCCUUGUUGGUCCUUCCAGCUACUGCAUUCGCUUUAGGAUAUUGGCAGAUACAUAGAAGAAGGUGGAAAAUUGAUUUGAUUGGAAAACUAAACGCAAGGAUUCCUGCUAAGCCUAUUCAAUUGCCUAAGAAUGUUGACUCUAGCAUUCAGCUUCCUGAGUUCACUCAUAUCUCGGUUCGAGGUUGUUUCGAUCAUUCACGAGAAGUAGUAAUUGGACCACGCUCAUUGAUUGAAGAUUUUAUACCUUCUAAAGGCUAUGGAAGCGAAUGGGUAGUGAGAUCACCAAACAAGUAUACGCAGGCGAAUAUGGCUCGUCCAUCUGCUUCUGGUUAUUUUAUCGUAACACCAUUUUUCUUAGAAGAUAGACCUGGAACCUCCAUAUUAGUAAACCGUGGAUGGGUCCCAUAUGGUGCACGUGAUCCUACCAUUCGACCUAAUGGUCAGGUAAAGGGUGUCGUAGAACUGUCAGGUUAUAUACGGUAUCAAGAAAAGGCACCAAUUCGUAUAUUCGGUUCAAAGAUUCAACCUCUUACUUGUCUGGAUUAUGAAAAUCAAAAUCCACAUAUUCGUUAUUCUUGUCGACAAAUCGAUCAAAUGUCUAAUGAUUUGAAAACGUUACCGAUUUUCCUUGAUGCUGAUUAUGAGUCUAGUACUGUUGGUGGGCCAAUCGGUGGACAAACUCGAGUUGUUUUACGAAAUGAACAUGCAUCGUAUAUUUUCACUUGGUUCUCAUUGGGCACCAUCGGUCUGGGAAUGUGGAUAUACUUUUUCAUUUUUUAACUGGACAAAUAAAAGAAAAAAAGAAUUAUUUUGUACAUACAAAUAUAGUUUAGAUAUCCAGACAAGACAAUCCUCUCGUCUGCUUAUCCCUUGUAUUUAUGGUUAUUUAAUUCGUUGUCUACAGCAAUAUCUCGGACAGUAUAUGUGUAAAUGCGC